ACAAUUUUUGGAAUCAGGACAUCUGGGCGGAAACAGUCUAGAUGUAAUAUCUAAGAAAAAUAAACACGUUAGAGUCGCAUAGAGUGACUGCAAAUAAAAAUUCAUACCUUCCCAGAUAUAUAAUUAGAAGGAAACAUUUGCAACAUUUUUUUGCAUUUAAAAACAAUGUAAAACAUUUCAUACUACCUACAAUUGUUGCUUUUUCUACUAGCGCCCUCUAUUGGUGGGUCCGAAUAAUUAUUCGAUCAACAUCAAAAAUUAAAUUUAAAAUCAAGAACAAUUAUUAAAGAUAACAAUUAUCUAAAUUAUCUCGAAUUUAAUUAUUGAGAAUAAUUAUUCAAAAUAUAAAUCGACGCAAAAUAUGAUCUGACGAAUUUCUACCUGGCAAAUAUAUAACCAAUUAUGGCUGAACUUUUCAUAAUUAAUUAGAAUUAAAUGUUUAGCACAGAAAUUAAAAUAUUUUUUUGUAAAUCACUCGGUUUUAAUUGCGAUAUGGUGUAUAAUUUUGUAAUGUUUCCAUUUGUUUCCAAUACCUAUUUAUUUCAAACUUUUGUCCGGCGUACUGUUCCAUAGUUUGACAGUCACGCAGCGAGUAAAAGAGAACGCAAACUAGAACGAGACGGCGAAAGCAUGACAUUCGAGCAUUCGAGUAGCCGCGCUCGAAUGGCGCGCGCGUUGUGGCUGUCACUGUUCCGUCACUUUUUUCCUGCCGAUGUCGGAGUCGGUUUGUUUCACGCCAAAAAUAAGGUGGAAAUUUUUAUCAGCGCAGUGUGUUGCUACGGUGUUCUUUUGUUUCAGCAUAUUUGCGACGAAAUAACAUGUUUAUUUGAAGGAAAAGAAGCGAAUGCAGAUGCAGCACACGUACAGAAAUCUUACAGCAGUGUGUAGUUCUCAUUUGCUUCGAUAUAAAACCGGAGCUUCGUGUUGUGUACAGUUGACGGAAAUCAGUGUUUUGUGUUUCUUAAUAUUAUAAAUUUAGAGGAGAGCGAAUGAAAAAAUCAGUAUUAUACCGUUUGAACUACAAUUCCCGGACAGUGUCGCAGUGCUCAUACGUUUUAAAAAAGGAAUAAAUCACAGCUACCACCUUCAAUACACAGUUCCCGCUUUCUGCAGCUGCAAGCUGCGGGUGCUACACAAGUGAUGGCUAGCAAAGAUAAUGUAAAAGCACUGGUAGAAAUAACCGGUCUGAAGGAGGAUCAAGCUACAAACCUUCUUACGGCGUACAAUGGCAAUCUGGAAGGAGCAAUAAACGCGUUCUAUGAGAAUCCCGAAGGUAUUCUCAAUCCGGAACCGCCAGUCGUGAUCGAUGACGAUGAUAGCAGUUCGGGGCCAUCUUUCGUUCCCAGUCGUGCCACAACGAACGACGACGACAAUGUGCGUGCUCCGAUACCUCGCAAGACGGAAAUUUUGCUUCCGCAAAUCGAAAUGAACCGUGCCCGGAUUGGGAAGCGUCGUGCAGCCGUUAUUACCGAAGUUCCGUUUCGUAAUUUUGAGCUCGAAGGACGCAUUCAGGAACAGAUGCUGAUGCAACAGGGCCAAGGUCCAUCGGCAAAGAAAGUGACCCGGCUCGAAGCGCUCUUUAUGCCACCGUUUGACAUUCUAUUUUCCGGUGGAUUUGAUCAAGCGCAACGUCACGGCAAUUCGGUGGAUCGGUGGCUGCUGGUAAAUUUACAGGACGAUCUCAAUUUCAGCUGUCAAACGCUCAACCGCGAUCUAUGGUCGGACAGUGAUCUGAAACAUUUCAUGCGCCAUCAUCUAGUGUUUUGGCAACAAUCGAACAAAACCACAGACGGAGCAAAAUUCAAAACGUUCUACAAAGUCCGCUCGGAGCCGUACAUCGGCAUGAUUGAUCCUCGAACAGGUGAAGAGGUACGGAAUCUAUCCGGUAACGACCUCACACCAGCGCGAUUUCUCGAAACGCUCAAAACUUUUCUAGUAGAAAGCAAAUCUCCCCAUGGGAAGGAGAUUAACGUAACCCGAGACUAUCAACUCGGAAUGGGUCCCUCAACGUCUGCGAACGGUGGAUCUAGAAGUGGUGCCCAAUCUGGUGCUGGAAGUAGCGGUCAAAGCAGUUCGAAACUAGGGUCGUCGUCCAGUGCAGCUGGAUCAAGCAGAAACCGUUGGGUUACGGUCAUCGAUGAUGAUGAAGAUGACUUUCAGGAGAUUACGGAUAGUGAAAGUGACAGUGAGGAAAAUGAUCGACCACGGAUAGUUACUAGCGGUUCAAGCAACAGUAACAACGGUAAGAAUGCAGUUCCUGAUGUCCCAAAAGCGGCUACUUCGGCACCUGCUUCAUCAAUGAAACAAAACGAAACGAGCACGGAGCAUGUAAGACGCACAAACGUUUCUUCCAAGGAAAUAGAAGAACCGGCACAACACCCAUGGGAAAAAGUGGAUGACAUUGCUGGAAGUAGAAGUUCAGCUACUGAUGAAGCAUCAACGAACGUUCUCAGUUCCGACUCGGAAUCAAGUUUAGCGCCAGAUCAGAAGACGCGCAUCCUGCUCAAAAUGCCCGGCAACGUAACGGAACGAUUGUUCUUCCGGAGUUCCCGCACGCUCGAACAAGCAACGGCAAAGUUGCGACAAAAGUACGAAAAGCACUAUCGCUCAAAUGACGCCACCAUAGACGUACGGUUCUUUUGUCAGGCCAUCAAAUCGGAUCUGUCCGCGCUCGAUUCCUCCAAAACACUGCUGGAGUUGAAAAUUCAUCCGAACGCUGUGAUUCACGUAACAACGGACGAUUAGGCCGCGUGUUGCGAAAUUGUAAUCAUGUUACAGAUACUCUCCCCCAAACUAGUUUCCUCUCCCAUUUUACUUCCCUUGGAAUUUUAAUCUAUCCUUUAUUAAUGUAGGCAUACAUACGUGUAAAGAAUUCAUUUUAAAUGUACUGUGUACUGCAAAGUAAAUUAUAUGUACAAGAAUAGUUUACGCACUCUGGACUAUGUAAAUGGUUUCUCAUCCGAAACUUGUUUUAAAGUAGUUUGAUAUAGUUAUAUGGUUAUAGAGGUCGAUAAUUAAUAUUGUUAUAUCAAAUCCCGCCAAGAAUGUCCUAUUUCCUCGUUUGAUACAUCUUGAAAAUUAAUAAAUAACGAACCACUUA